AUGAACUCGCCAUCGACAAGCUCGCACCCAAGAAGCAAAUCCAGUCGAGAAAAUGCCGAGAACGACUGUUCGGAAAAGAAACAGAAUGUGAAACACGAAAAAGUUCCAUUGAAAGAAGUGAAUCGCGACGAUUCCGUUUCUACGACAAGGCCAGCUACGAAAAAAGCGGACAGGAAGAAACUGGUCGAAGACUAUAAUGAUAAUGUGCCUUUCGAAGGAAACAAUUAUCCGGAAGGUGCGUUUAACGAUAGAAAAAUAUGUCUCAAUGAUGAAAAUUUAAAAAUUAACUGCUAUAAUGACUUAUUAUUUAUAGAAACUACAAGUCCGAUCGAUCGGCGCUUCCUCCAGCUCAGUGAGGUUCCGGGAAAAAAACAUGGCAACGGGGAGCAGUCUACUGGCGAGUUUCUUCCGGAAGCCGACUCGAUGUGUGUGAUCUGCCAUCAAGAAGAAUGUCCAAAAGGAAAGACCGAGCUGAUUGAUUGUCAUGGACAGAUGAGUGGAGAAAUGUCUGGAGUGGAGAGAAUCACAACGCUCAACAAGAAUUACGAGGAAGAAUAUAAGAAGGAGUAUGAGGAAUUAUUGAAAAAGGACCCAAACGCCCCAUACAAACCAAAGAAGCUUCUGAUUCCAGAAAGACCCUGUAGAAGCAAGUUUCACGAGAGCUGUAUUAUGAAAUAUAACGCUGCUGGAUACUUUUUUCAAUACGCUGCAAGACUUGAAUGCCAAGCCAAAUUCCUCUGCCCCCUUCACUGUUGUAACAGAUGCAAUGUUGGACAUCAGAGACAAACCGCCUAUGCCGGAGAGCUUAUUGAAUGCGCCAAGUGUCUACGUGCUUUUCAUAUCCAAACCUGUUACCCAGCAGGUGCUCGAGAUCAGUAUGUGGAAUUCCAAAUGGGCGACAAGAAGAAGAAUUUCGAGUUCUUAAUUUGUCCAGCUCAUGCUGACGAAGAUUCUACAGAAUCCGCUUCGAGUGAAAAGAAGAAAGUGGCGGCCAAGAAGGAUUCUGGGAAGAGACCGAAUCUAAAAGCUUGCUGUUCUGAAGGAUGUACUCUCGGUGUGGAAUUCAAGUUGAUCAAUUGUAGAAGCUGUGUCAGAUCCUUCCAUGUAGAAUGUCGAGAAGUCAUCAAAAUCGAUGGAGUACUCGUUUCAAACGACCUGUGCGAGAAAUGUCUUUGCAAAGAUGAUGUUCCACUCAAUGUUCCAGUCCUCGCGUUGUGGGAAAACAAAGAUUUCUAUCUUGCAAAAACCGUCGGAUGGUACAACUUCCCAUCGAAUCGAAGGUCGUCGGAGCCUAAUUUCGAAAAACUCGGCUAUACAGUGGUUCAGUGGUUAUCCGAAGACUCUGCGGGGAAGACGUUCAGUAUUGUGCCCGUACACAAUGUCGCACCACUCAUAGACGAGUACGUUAGAUUGGCGAAGCCCAACUUGAGGUCCUUUUGGAAGAAAACUUUCGAUGACUACAAUGAUAAGGGAUGUCUCUUCGGACCAUAUGUCAGCAAGUUAGUCUACCAACCAUGGAAGACCUCAAGACUCGGACGGAACAUUACAGCUCAACCGCCAACUAAGGAAGAUUUUGGUGACUGUCGCUGUGAGAACAACGCGCGGAAGUGCUUGGACGAGUCUUGCGAUUCUGUCAACGAAGGUGUCGAGUGUCCACCAGAUUGCGGAGACUUAUGCAAUAAUAGAAAUGUAUCCAAGGGAUAUGUAAACCCGAAGCUGUUGCUUCGGGAUACAAAGACCAAGGGUUACGGCAUUUUUGCUAAAGAAGAAAUUGCGCAGGGGGAAUUUCUGGCUGAGUAUGUCGGAGAGUUGAUAAACCCUACAGAAAAAGCAUACCGUCUUCAAAUCAUCGCUAUUUCGAGAGAUUUCCAGGCAAAUCAGUACAUGAUGGAUCUCGGAAAAGGAUGGGCUGUGGAUGCAGCCAGAUAUGGGAAUCUGGCUAGAUACAUAAAUCACUCGUGUGAUCCCAAUUCCGCAUCGUAUAGCACUGCCAUCGUCAAAGGCGGAAAUGCGGAAAAUCGGAAGUAUGAGCGUCGUGUUUGUGUGAGGGCGACAAGGCCAAUUGCAAAAGGCGAGGAAAUCACCUUCUGUUAUCAAAUGGAAAGUACCGUGGAGAUUCCGUGUCUUUGUGGAGCUACCAAUUGCACGGGAUAUAUGGGUAGAGGCGAGGAAGAUGAGGACGAAGAAGACGAGAAGACUAAGAGAAUGGGUAGAGCCAAGAAGAAUACAAAAUUAUUACAGAACUCUAAACCAAGCAAGAAAAGACUGAGAGCUCCGUCCGUCCGUGAAGCAACGACUUCGAAGAAGCGGCAAUUCAGUGAACCAAGUUCUCGUGCUGUUCCCAGACCGUCUUCUUCGCAACAAGCUAGCACAUCUGCUCCUCGUCCUGUACGAUCAUCAAACGCCCAGAGAUCUGUAGAAUCACGAGAAUCGUGUCGAGAUGAACCAGUAGCCACCAUUUCUUCUUCAAGGAGAAUGAGCACACGCGAGAGGGUUUCUAAAUGCGAAUGA